CAUAUAAAGAGCUCCUUGGCCUACGACUUCGCUUUCCUGUAAGCUCUGCCAUCGGGUGACCGCUCCCUCAGGAUGAAGGUCGAUGUGGGCCCAGACCCUUCCCUGGUCUAUCGACCUGAUGUGGACCCAGAGAUGGCCAAAAGCAAGGACAGCUUCCGAAACUACACUUCAGGCCCGCUGCUGGAUCGUGUCUUUACCACAUACAAGCUCAUGCACACUCACCAGACGGUGGACUUCGUUAGCAGGAAGCGCAUCCAGUAUGGCAGCUUCUCUUACAAGAAGAUGACCAUCAUGGAGGCUGUGGGCAUGCUGGAUGAUCUGGUGGACGAAUCUGACCCAGACGUAGACUUCCCCAACUCCUUUCACGCGUUUCAGACCGCGGAGGGCAUCCGGAAAGCCCACCCGGACAAGGACUGGUUCCACCUGGUCGGACUUUUGCACGAUCUGGGGAAAAUCCUGGCUCUGUGGGGGGAACCUCAGUGGGCUGUUGUCGGAGACACGUUCCCCGUGGGCUGCCGUCCCCAGGCCUCUGUGGUGUUCUGUGACUCUACUUUCCAGGACAAUCCUGACCUCCAGGACCCUCGAUACAGCACAGAACUCGGCAUGUACCAGCCCCACUGUGGACUUGAGAACGUUCUUAUGUCCUGGGGGCAUGAUGAGUACCUAUACCAGAUGAUGAAGUUCAACAAGUUCUCCCUGCCUUCAGAGGCCUUCUACAUGAUCAGAUUCCACUCCUUCUAUCCGUGGCACACCGGUGGUGACUACCGGCAGCUGUGCAACCAGCAAGACCUGGAUAUGCUGCCCUGGGUGCAGGAGUUCAACAAGUUUGAUCUCUACACCAAGUGCCCUGACCUACCGGAUGUGGAGAGCCUUCGGCCCUACUAUCAAGGGUUGAUUGACAAGUACUGCCCCGGCACCCUGAACUGGUGAAUGGCUUCCAAUACCCUCCCACUACUGAGCCAGCACACCUAGGCUGAACAACUUCAGGAGCUAUAAUAGCCCCCACUCCAGCCUUGCUCAGGGCCCCAUACACCUGUCCACAGUCCCCACCCAUCACAAUUGAGGUCAUGUUUGCUGGGUAUCAAUAAAGAAUGAAAGAGAUGA